GUCAAAUCAAAAAGCAAGCGAAAUGGAAACUUGCGAAUUCUCUCAAUUGCAAUCACUAAUCAGUUUUGCUUCUUUCUAAACAAUAAUAGUGCUCGAUUAUUAAAUGAUAAGUUAUUGUUGACAACCUGCUGUGUAUUUUCGGGAAUCAAUUGUGAAUUCGACUUUUAGAACUGAUGAUGCGCGCUCUCGCGUAUUCAAUCCGGUUUCAUUCCAUAAUGGCCUGUCACAUAAAUCCCAAAUAGUGAUGUGUGUUUUCCUCAAUUUUUCUAUUAUUUUCUUCUCGUAACCCAUGUAAACAAUGUCUAGAGAAUCCAGUCAGCAUUCAAAACGGCUGUUAACGGAAACUGUGAACAUACUUCACGAACAACACGGCCAGAAUGAGAAACUUUAUUCGUCUAUAUUUCCUCUAGACUACAGUGAACAAUCGAAGGUUCCCGGAGAAUCUAUGAGUACUAUGUCCGAAAGUGCUGAUACGAGCAGCCAUAGCGUUAAUUACGAUAAGCAAGCGACAACAACUUCAGAAACAGAAUCAGUUCGCCAAUCUGAAGACAAUGAUGUUUCGCGAAGCCACUGCCGCUUCUGCGCCACAGAAAUGGACUGCAAAGACCUUUUGGACUUAUCUACAGAGGAUAUAGUCGAGAAGUAUAUAAAACUGCUGUCAUUCCUCAAGUUAGAAGUAGACUUUUCAUCACAUAACAAGCUUCCUAAGCUCGCAUGCUCGACUUGUCAUAACUUGUGUAUAGAAAGUUACAGAUUCUUCUUGCAAGUAAAGAAAGCGCAGGACGAGCUCAAUGCGCUGUAUUCUAAAGAGAGUAAUGUGUCGGGAGAGAAAGAGGUGGAACCGAUGCAGAUUGACGUUAUACAGAAGAUGGUCGUUGGAAAAAGGGUUAUAAAGACAGAAUUGGAAGACAGUUCAGACUCAGAGCCACAUUAUACAGACAUGGAUAAUAUCCCAAACAGACAGGAAUCAACUCCAGACACUAAAGCCGGCUCUUCAAUCAAAACCGUAUUCAAACAACCCAAGAAAGAACAUGAAGAUGAAUCAUCGUCCUCGGGCACACUUUCAAAAAAGACAACAUACAAAGUAAAGAAGACUGCAAAAAGUCCAACCAAGAAAACCGUUACUAACGUUAAGAAUGUAACAUUUUCUUGGGCUAGUUAUCUGUGGUCAUGCGAUCAUUGCAAAGCAGAGUCGGAUACAAUGGAGGAUUUAAGGCUACACAGCCGAUAUACACACAAUUGCUGUUACGGAUUCAGCUGCGUUGAUUGUAAUGAUGAGUUUAACACAUUCAACGCUUUUGUAGAACAUGUGAGGACUCAUAGAGAGUAUUUAAGACUAUUCUGCCAGUACUGCAACAAGAAGUUCAGAAGCAAAGCGGAGUGCGUUCUCCACGCACUGACCCACUGGUCCGGGGGGCAGAAGAUUUGUGAGCUCUGCGGGGAAAUCUUCCCGGACUACGAGGCGCUGAAGCAACAUAAGAGUUCCUAUAAGCCGAAGCCGCUGGCGCACACGACGCGGCGCAAGCGGCCGCGGCUGGUGGACGACAACCUCGGCUCCUGGAACGAGUACGUGUACACGUGCCAGGACUGCUACCAGACGAUGCCGAACGUCCACGCGCUGCGUGCGCACGUGCGCGAGGUGCACAUGAAGUGCUUCGCGCUGAAGUGCAGCGACUGCCUGCGCGUGCACCGCAGCCUCGGCGAGCUCGUCAAGCACGUGCACGCCCAUCGACCCAACCUCAAACAUUUCUGCCACUACUGCAACCAGUACUUCGAGUCGACCGCCCAACUGGACUCCCACAUCGAAGAACACUACUCCGGCAUCUCCAAACCUUGUUACGGCUGCGGAGAGAUCUUCGAGAACGAUGAGCUGCUCCGGAAACACAUCUUUGACUACGGAGCCAUGCGGAGACCAGGACCACACUCCGAAGAAGACGUCACCUGUGACAUCUGCUCCAAGAACUGCAUCACCGUUGGAAAACUUAAGAUCCAUCGAAGAAUACACGAAUACAAAGAACGAUGCUACGUGUGCGAUACGUGUGGAAACUCCUACUUCAACUUCUGGACGUACCAAUCUCAUAUAAAAAUACACGGAGAACGUUCAGAGAUAUGCAAAAUCUGCAAGAAAGGCUUCCCGACUAAAGUCAAGCUGAAGAAUCAUGCGAAAACUCAUUUAGUUGAUCGUCCGUUUACUUGUGAUCAGUGUGGUAAUGCGUUCAAGACGAAAAAUAAGUUGCAAAGGCAUAAAAUGGUGCAUACGAACGCUAAACCUUAUGUGUGUGUGAUUUGUGACAAAAGUUUUCGACAGAAGAACGGAUUGAAGAACCAUUCGGCUCAGCAUACAGGUGUCAGGCCGUACCAGUGUGAGUUCUGUGACCGAACCUUCACGAAUAAUCCUAAUAGGGAUAAACAUAUGCGGAGAAGGCAUGGGGUUCCGUUGUAUAAGGCUAAGGAGACUCCGCAAGAGGUUUUGGAUAAAACAGCUAAAGAAUGGCUGUCUCAAGUGACCGCCAAUCAGAAAAAGAGGAAAGAUAACAGCGGGACACAAGUACAAUGAAGGAUUUAAUUAGAUUAAGGUCUGCUUUCCGUGCGAGCGUGCGAGAAGGAAAACAUAGUGGGGAAAUCUGUAUUCUAUUUCAUGAUCUAUCAUGAUGAGAAUAGAGAAGGUAUAUGACAACUAGAUAAAACAGUUGUGUUUCAUUCCAUGUAACAUUGACAAGAGCAUAGCUCGCCUGAUUGAUAAUUCCACGGAAUUCUGACAUUUAAAAAUGUUGCCAACAUUGAAACAGCCAAUCUGUGAAUGGAAAAUAUUUGAGAAAAAUCAAAAUUUGCCCAAAAAUUUAAAAAUAUAAUGAUAAUUUUUAAAUAGUAAUUAGAUUACUUAUUAUCGUGUUAUCAAAGCUAUUGUGAUUAUUUGGGAAAUGAUUUUUCUUUAUCAGGAAUCCCUGUUUAAGUAUUUUAAUUACAAACAUAAAUUUUUAGGAUAACCAUUUUGUUUAAUGUAUAAAGACUAAAGUCGUUUGAAUUUUCGACCAUUGUCAGACGACAUACGAGAGGAGCCCGAUUUUCACUGUUUUUUCCAUUUAGUAUACACAAGAAAUCUUUCAUCACUUCCAAACGGUGCUACAAUAGAAUUAGAUCAUUCAACUCUUGUUAGUCCUAACUAAUAUUAUAAAUGCGAAAGUAAGUUUGUUACAUCUUUGCGCUCUAUUUACUCAACCAAUCUUCUUGAAUUUUUUCCUAGAUGUUGACAAUUACGCGGGCGAAGCCGCGGGUUAGAGCCAGUUUGUUUAUAUUUCUUUAUUUUAUUUGGAUAUAACUCAAAUAGGUUUAUCUUUUCUGAAAUGUAGAAAAAUUCACUUGUCAGAAUAUCGUGCAAUUAAUAAUCAGGUUUUAGUACAUUUAAUUCGGUAAAUUUGGGACUUAAAGUGCACUAUUAAUUAAUACCUAUUAUGAUAAUUAUGAUAAAUAAUUAUAUUAGAAUUAUAAUUCUUUAUUUCUAGUUAAAAUGGUUUAGUAACUAUCCGCCUUAUUAAUAAACAUUUAAUUCUCUGAUUAGGCUUGGAGUAGCAUAUCUUUGUUUUGUCCCUCUCUCUCUUUUCAGCAUUGACAGAACGAGACAAUACAAAGAAUUACUUUUCCGAGGCUAAUCAGGGAAUAACGUUUUUUUAUAAGGAGGUGAUAAGUAUUUGUAUUAUAUGUGUUAAUGUUUAGGGAAUUAUACAACCUUUGUUUUAUUAUUAAGUAAUAUAUUUUGCUCGCGACUUCGCGUGGGUUUUUAUUAUUAUCUCAGGUUAUUAUAGCGGAGAUUUAAGUUGUUAUUUUUCAAAAUGCAGGGUAAUUUUGAAUUCACAGCACACUAUAUCACAAUAUGCUCAGUACAUGAAAUAGAACAACUUCCAAAAUAAAUAAACAGUGAUAUAAUAAUGAAAAUUCGACUUUCGACACAAAAAUUCGUUCAAAAGAUUAUCAGCCAAUUCAUAUGGGAGACCGAAAAUAAUUUGGUAUAAUUUUUGACACUGUUUUCUUUAAAUACCAACUGCAUUUCAUCAUUCGUCAACACGUCGUUUAUAUUGGCAGCUGUCUACGUCGAAGAUAUUGAUAUUUUCCAGGUAACCGUAAUAUAUAAUCGGCUACUUGACUGGGUAUAAAAUAAAACUCGUUCAGGUAUUUAAAAAUCGAAAUGCAAUAACCAAAUGUCGCUUUAUGUUACUAAUUACAAGAUUUACUAUUUCUUCGGCCUCAUUAUAGUAUAUAAAAAAUGCUUUUGUGACUCCAAAAUCCGUGACGUCACAUUUCAUGAAUGCCAUACAAACUCCGUUAUAAAAUUUUGUUUCUGACAUUAGAAAAAACGAAUCUUAUUUGACUAUUUUGAAAGUAGCUAAUUUUCGUCAUAAUUUUAGCCUUAGACAUGUAGAAAUUACAUUUAUUUAUUGUUUAAGACUAUAUUCUAGCAUUCUAUGUAUAGGAACACAACAUUGACUGUUGUCAUUUUGUAUCUUAUUAAGAUUAACAUCGGCACAGUGGCGCCCUCAUAAGAAAAGUUUUAGUUUUAAAUCACAUGGCCUUUUUGCAACAAUCUUUAGCGGCUAUUUCCCAACUUUCAAACGUAAAUACCUUGUUGGUCAAAUUAUGUUAACAAAUUACUUUUAACACGUUGACUGCCAAUUAAGAAUUAUAAUUAUUAGUUGCCAAUUAUUAGUUUUAAAGCAUGCUUUAUGUUGAAGUAUGUUUUGGUGGUCCAAUGUUUAAGACCGUCCGCUUGUGGUCAAAAGGUCCCAAGUUUGAAUUCUACUCGUGCCACAUGAGUUUGUAUAACAAUCUGACUCAUGUAUAGUAGUUUUCAUAGACUACCACUUGCUUCCGGUGAAGGGAAACAUCGUGAGGAAACCUGCACACUGAUAGACAGUUCAGUUCACUGGUGUGUACGCGACUACUUGGCUAGCUUAACUCCAUAGUUAAGCUAAAUACUACCAUACCAUUAUGGUAGUUGUAAAAGUCAUGUCAGAUGCCUUUAGGCGAUUUGUAUAAAAUCUGACACCAGUGUGCUGCUAACAGCAACACAUUCGAUGAGAAAGGAACUAUGAAAUUUUUCAACAUUCUUCUGUCAAUGUUAACAUUACAGAAUGAAACAAAACAUCUUUAACUUAAAGUAACUUUCGUAUAAGGAGUACUGUUUAUUUUCGAUUUAAGAUAAUUUAAAUGAUGGCGCCACUGGACUCAUUUUGCACCGUCUUUGGUAUCUGUAUAUGUAAAUAUGCAGUAAGGUAGAAAACUAUUGUGUAUGUAAAUAAAACCAUUCUAUUGCAAUAA